AUGCCUUCGUACACGGGCAGUGUGUCUGAGGAGGACGACCCUAGUCUCUCCGCCGAGGACGAGGAAGUGGACGAGACUUUCGUGGCGCUGCAGAAGCUGCUUAGGGCCCUGAAUCGCACCAGCCGUGGGAGCAUCAGCAGCAACAACGGCAGCUUUCUUGGAGGAAGUAGCAACAGCGCCCAGGUUGCCCCCAGUGAUACCGGAAACAGCAAUCAGCCGCGUUUGUCGCGUGAGGAGAUGCUAGAGACGCGACGACAGGAGCGCGACCGGUUUCGUCGCUCGCUCUUUGCCAAGAAUAUCAAUACGAAUACUCACCACACGCGUCGCCGCCGCACAUGUCCGGCCUACUACUGCUCCGAGGAGGAAGAGGAGGAGGAGACGUCUGUGCCCUCUGUGGAGAGCACUAUUUCCAACAGGUUCAUGAACGGAUCCUUUUCCACCCUCAACGUGCACGUGAUCUCUCGCGAUCGGUGGUCGACAGAGGACCGUGUUCUCGAGCGCCUUCCCAUCGUCAUGCUGCCAAAGAGUAGAAAGAUCUCGAUUCCUACGGACAAUGAGAAGAUCAAUGUCGUUCAGACGGAUGAGUUUAUUGAUCUGCGCGAGAAGCUAGUCGAAAAUAUGGCCCCCGGGGCUUCAACCCUGCACUACCUGACGCCGCCGCGCUCAACGUGGUACAUGCAGAUGCACGACUUUGAGGAGCUUAAAUGUUGA